AUCAUGAUUUUGGAAGGAGCUGGCAGAAUGAGUAUCAAUUCCAGCAGCAACCUACUCCAUCAGCAGCCUUCCUGGACAGACGGCUAUUCUACAUGCAACGUGUCCAGCAGUUUCUAUGGAACGCAGUGGCAUGAAAUCCACCCACAGUACUGGACCAAAUUUCAGGUCUGGGAGUGGCUGCAGCAUCUCCUUGAUACCAACCAGCUGGAUGCCAACUGCAUACCUUUCCAGGAGUUCGAUAUCAACGGGGAACACCUGUGCAGCAUGAGUCUGCAGGAAUUCACUCAGGCAGCAGGGACAGCAGGGCAACUGCUCUACAGCAACCUUCAGCAUCUAAAAUGGAACGGUCAGUGCGGAAGUGACAUGUACCAAUCUCAUAAUGUCACUGUGAAGACAGAACAAACAGAUCCAUCAUUAAUGGUGUCCUGGAAGGACGAGAAUUAUCUGUAUGACAGUGGCUAUGGUAGCACAGUAGAGUUGUUGGACAGCAAAACAUUCUGUCGCGCUCAGAUCUCCAUGUCCACACCAAGUCACCAGCCUCCCGCAGAGCCAGACUUGAAAAAAACACAAGAGCAUACCCCAAAGUCCCACACCAAGAAGCACAACCCUCGAGGAACUCAUCUCUGGGAAUUUAUUCGAGAUAUUCUUCUCAAUCCUGAGAAAAAUCCAGGAUUAAUCAAGUGGGAAGACCGGUCAGAAGGUGUCUUCAGGUUUUUAAAAUCUGAGGCUGUGGCUCAGCUCUGGGGAAAGAAGAAAAACAAUAGCAGCAUGACCUAUGAGAAACUCAGCCGGGCUAUGAGAUAUUAUUAUAAAAGAGAAAUCCUGGAGCGUGUGGAUGGUCGGAGAUUAGUAUAUAAAUUUGGAAAGAAUGCCCGUGGCUGGAGAGAAAAUGAGAAUUAA